AAACUUUAGGGAAAAAAAAGCCAAAAAUAUGGUUAGCAAUAGAAUGGAAGUGAAAGAAACAGAUAUGGAAUCAGAAAUGGUCCAAAAAAGUAUGGCAAUUGCUUUGGAAGCACGAAAACAGUAUUCACUUGAUAAAGAUAUGGCCUUAUAUAUAAAACAAGAAUUCGAGAGGAGGUUCGGUCCUACAUGGCAUUGUGUUGUUGGGAAAAGUUUUGGCUCCAGUUUCUCAUACGAAAUUCAGCAUUUUAUUUUAUUGAAACUUAACCAAUUAUCCAUUAUAAUAUUUAAAUGUGGCUAUUAAAAUAGACAAAUACUAAACUUUGCAUGAAAAUUCCA